AUGGGCAAACGAGGCCGUAAGCCCAAACCCCCCAUCCCUGAAACCCUAGAUUCACCAACCACCACCGUCGCUUCCCCGCCACCACCGCCGAUAACAACCGCCGCAACGGGAUUGGACGACGCCGUCUUCUCCGUCAGCAACGUUGAGAUAAUCGAGCAGCCUCAAGCCUCUCACCCCCACCAAGAGGGUCGCCGCCGCGGCCGACCCAAGAAGCUCCGCAAGCUCACUGACAAUCCCGAGAUCAUGACCCCUUCCCGAAGAGUCCCUCGGGCAGUCGACAAUGGCGAGCACAAGGGUUCCGUGGGACCCGCUGUGGCGGUUUCGGAUCCCGGCGCGGCUUGGGAGGGCGUGGCGAGGGCGGUGCCGGCCAUGGAUGCGGUGGUGAAGGUGUUUUGUGUGCACACGGAGCCGAAUUUCUCGCUUCCGUGGCAGAGGAAGAGGCAGUAUAGCUCUAGCAGUAGUGGGUUUGUGAUUGGUGGUAGGAGGGUGCUAACCAAUGCGCAUUCCGUGGAGCAUUAUACCCAGGUCAAGCUGAAGAAGCGUGGCUCUGAUACUAAGUACUUGGCCACUGUUCUCGCUAUUGGCACUGAGUGCGACAUUGCCAUGCUUACUGUUGAUGACGAUGAGUUUUGGGAUGGAGUGUCGCCAGUGGAAUUUGGGGAUUUGCCUGCGCUUCAAGAUUCUGUGACUGUUGUGGGUUACCCGAUUGGUGGAGACACAAUUUCAGUGACAAGUGGUGUUGUAUCACGAAUAGAGAUUCUAUCCUAUGUUCAUGGGUCAACGGAACUUCUAGGUUUGCAGAUAGAUGCUGCCAUAAACUCCGGAAAUUCAGGUGGGCCUGCUUUUAAUGAUAGGGGAAAUUGUGUGGGUAUUGCAUUUCAGUCCCUUAAACAUGAAGAUGCGGAGAAUAUUGGUUAUGUCAUACCCACACCAGUCAUUAUGCACUUUAUCCAAGAUUAUGAGAAGAAUGGAGCAUAUACGGGAUUUCCUAUUCUCGGGGUUGAGUGGCAGAAAAUGGAAAAUCCUGACUUGCGUAUGUCAAUGGGCAUGAAACCUGAUCAGAAGGGUGUUCGCAUUAGAAGAAUUGAUCCCACUGCUCCAGAAUCUCAGGUUCUGAAGCCAUCUGAUAUUAUUCUCAGCUUUGAUGGAGUUAAUAUUGCCAACGAUGGAACAGUUCCUUUUCGGCAUGGAGAGCGCAUAGGUUUUAGUUACCUCAUCUCCCAGAAAUAUACUGGAGACAAUUCAGUGGUUAAAGUUCUGCGUAAUUCUGAGAUUCUCAGUUUUGACAUCAAACUUGCAUCCCACAAAAGGCUAAUUCCAGCACACAACAAGGGCAGACCUCCUUCAUAUUAUAUUAUUGCAGGAUUUGUUUUUACAGCUGUGUCUGUUCCCUAUCUUCGGUCUGAGUAUGGAAAGGAUUAUGAAUUUGAAGCCCCUGUCAAGCUUUUGGACAAAAUGCUGCACUCAUUGCCACAAUCACCGGAUGAGCAGCUUGUCGUUGUUUCUCAGGUUCUUGUGGCUGAUAUCAACAUCGGUUAUGAAGAAAUAGUUAACACUCAGGUUCUUGCUUUAAAUGGUAAGCCAGUGAAGAAUCUGAAGAACUUGGCCAGCAUGGUAGAGGAAUGCGAGGAUGAAUUUUUGAAAUUUGAUUUAGAAUACCAACAGAUGGUGGUCCUCCGUACAAAUACUGCUAAAGCAGCAACUCUAGACAUUCUUGCUACACAUUGCAUACCCUCAGCAAUGUCUGAUGAUCUGAAGACUUGA